GGUUCGCGAAAGCGGGCGAGUAUGUAAUGAAGUCAGUUUGAUUUUGGAACGAGCUCAAUAAUCAUCAUAUCGUCAAUUAAUUUCAUAUUCUUGCUACCUGUGCAAUUGUUGAAAUCUUCGACUUCGCGAGCGUCGCUUCUCACCCGGCCGGCCGCAAAACACCAUGGCCGAAGACACUCAAGGCGGAGAUCCCGCAUCCAACAAAAGUCCUACGAACAGGCCUAAGCACGAAUUCCCCAAAACACAGGUCGGAAAGCUAUGGGAAGCAUUCGGGAAUCCGGAGGAACCAAUCAAUGUGCAUCCGGGAGCUUCAUAUAAUCCCACUCAUGAGAAGCCGAAAGAUAUCACCAUUUCCGAGUCGCUCAAGUCAAUAUCAUUACAAGACUUCAGCACUUUCCACAAAAAGCCAUGUGCACGAGAUUCAUUGUUGGUAGGACUCGGAGCUGGCUUUGGUAUCGGCGGAGUCCGUGGGAUAGUUGGAGGCAUGCCAGCCAUGUGGCCCGCCUGUAAUUGGGCCGUCGGCGCAUUCGCAAUUGCUUCUUUAGCUUCGUACGAGUUCUGUCAACGGCGUCGAGUUAACGAGAUGAAGGGUAUGCAGAAGGCGGUGGAGCUCAUGGCUGAGCUCAAGGUGAAGAAGCAAAAGGAAAAAGAGCAACUGAAAGCUAUUCAAGAGGCAGAGGAGGAGGAACUUCGCAAACGGAAAAGUUGGACCAACCUCUCCAAUUAUAAGUUUUGGUAGAGGAAAGAGUAUGUAUUUCGUGGCAUGAAUGUGGAGUUACGGCGUUUCUGCAUUGUAUAUAUACCUCUCCCACUUGCUGAUUGAUGAUGAGGCAUCCUGUAAAUUAGUGUGAAUAGACAUACGGUCCAAUCGCUGGCUACAAACGCAAAAUCUUGUUUGAAGAAGAUUCAGUUUGUGCUCAUAGCAUGUGCAAGCUUUUUGGUAGCAUUCACUAUAUCAGCGCAGAUCAAAUUUCACUUUUUUCUGAACUCCCGCGCCAGGAUCAUACUCUUGAACUCGCAAGGCUCCUUCCCGACGCUCUCUGCGCUUUUCUCGUGCCUCUCUAGCUUCUCGGUUCUUCCACUCGGCCACUUGUUUCUGUCUUUGCUGUGACCGAGCCCACGCGAUUGCAGCAGUAGGUUUGAAACCAAUACCAUUGAUCCCGUAUCCAUCAUCAUUGGGGUCGGUUGGGUCAUGGCCCGUUAUUUCGGAGUCACUCCAAGUCAAUGAUUCUAGGACAGCACCCUCAUCUGGCGGAGGUGAUUUUUUCGUUCGCGAUUUUGUAGGUGAUAUCGGCUUCACCUUACUGCGAGAAGGCCCAUUUGUUGAUUGCGUUGUCGGUUUUCUUUGAUCAUCUGUAGCGUGCUCUUCACUGGGGUUCUCCAUAUCGAAAAUCUUGGACUGUUUCGUCUUACUUGGACUCGCUUUGGUUGACGGUUGUGAGUUUUCAGCCUUUCCAGUUGCUUCAACACAGUCUGCUGCAUUGUCUGAGGAAUUAUUCCACUGUGCAAUGGGCGUUGAGUGC